AUGUACACCGAGAGAAAGGUCGAUAGGCAAGAUAGAGAUGAAUGGGAUGGAACUGAGGGAGAUGUCAACUUCAGAUUCUCAUCCCCUAUCUACGCGGAAGAACCGUCUUUGAUCUCCACCAUAGCGGUCAAGCGUGAACGUGAACCUAUUCCUCCCGCAACUGCUCGCACACCUCGACCACACAAGUUUCACCGUGAUCACUGGAGUCCUCCUUCCGAUUUCAAGACAGUCACCCAUCCCCCUUACCUUCAUUCAACUCAACAUUCUUCAGAUCAUAUAGCCCGACCAACAAAUUUAGAUGUCAAGGUUGAAGUGGAUGUACAGGAUGGGCAGACCCAAUCAAUGAAUGAAAGUCUCACAGCAAAUUCUCGAUCAAUUUUUCCUGGAACAGGACCUCUUUCUCAAUCCAUACCACAUCAUCCUGCAAGAGACAACGUUUGUUCACCUAGGAGGAUAAUGAAUAUCGGUAACGAUAGUAACAGUCAUUCAACUGCUCCCCAUCCACAGCAAUAUCACUUUCGACCUCCAGCCAGGUCAACCACCUUCUCUUCCAGAUCGCCUCCUCUUCGUAACUCUAGUAACUCGUCAAGACGAAAAAGAGAUAUUGCUGUACCACAUGGGAGAAGAGUGAAAACGAGCCAUGAUCCCAGAACCCAACAAAAUAGAAAUACUAACAUAAGUAUAAAAGAGAAUGCAGAGACUCUUGAAGAUUUUUUGUCUAGUUCGAAACGUGUGUUGAAUCCCGAAGAAGUAUAUGCAUCACCUACAUCACAGCUUAGAAACGAGUUCUUCAGCCAAUCGAUUCACGAAUCUCUAUACGUCACUAAGUGGAAAGACGCUUUGGAUUCGGUGGAUAAGCUUGGAAACGGUGGUGAUUCGCUUGGAGAAGCGAUUAAGAUAAAGGGUUUGUUGGAGAUUGGAAUACAGCUUCUAAAGAUAUCUAUUUCUGGGCUAUCGACCGUAGCAGACCGACGGCAGCUUCUAGGCAACCAUCGAAUACUCAUCAUUGGAUCAUGGAAGCAAACAAGUAUCGUAGGAGAAUUGAAAGAUCAAUUGGGAAAGCUUGGAGGGACGGUAUGUACCUCGGAAGAUGAACUUUUUUAUAAAGGCGCAAGAACAUAUAUCCAAAUAAUCGGCCCUGGUUUUUCCGGAUCAUCCUACAUCAGUACCGCUAAUAGAAGAAUAGAAAGGAUGGAAAGGUGGACUAUACAGAAUUGUCUAGUAAAGCUAAUUAGAUGGUGUGAUGCUAAAGCUUUGAGGAAUAAACCGUUAGACGCACGAUUGGAGAUACUGGCUUCUCAAUGUAAGAAGAAUUGCUGGGACAUAGGAGCAGGAAAAGAGGUGUUUGUUUCAGGUUCGAUACCUGAUGAAUCUAAGGUAUCUAUCAGACGUAUUUGCGAUUAUGAGAGAUUUCUUAUACAUCCUACGGUAAGAUAUUCAACAACAUCCAACGCUAGAGAUCGGAUCGUCAUCACACCAUCCUCCAGUACCACCGUUACCCCCGAUCGACACGACUUGAUGAGAAUGACAAUGGAGGGAUUCUAUGAUUUCGUCAUAGAUUUGCGAGAAUAUGCUCGAAGAGCAUCUCGAGAGUCUCAUCAACCUCGAAUGAGUGCAGAUGAAAAGCGAUUUGCGAAGACUCUGCCACCUACUCUGGCGACUGAUGCGAUAUGUACUUGA